AUGCAGUCAUGCGACAAACAAGACUACAAAGUGUUCUUUAUACGACAUUCCUCUUCUUCAUGCUAUCUUGACGCCAUGGACGACCUCAACUGGGAUUCACCCAUAGAUUCGGACACACAGCUAACAUCGAUCCCCGACAGUCCCGAUCAAAAUCAACGGCGCGUGCCAGAAGAGAAAGGCCCCUUUGGCAAAGCACGGAAACGCGGCACCUCACGAGCGAAGACACCCUUGGGCGCCAGCAACGCAGCUGACGAAGCGAGACUCUACAACCAGCGCACAGAAGAUGACAUCUUCAGUCGUUUCAAGGCAGACGAGGACAAGAGGCGCUCGGUAUCUGCGCGGCCAGCCGGUGCAUUACCACCAUCAGCUUCGGCACCAAAUCUCAUAGAUGCAAGCAACGGACUGAACGUUUCGUUCGCAGCAGGCGCAUCGACGAACGCCACUUUCGCACAAGAACCCAAGGAAGUCAUACUAUACGGCUUUGGCUCCGAGCAGCAAUGGGCUGCGAUAGCACACUACGAGAAGGUUUCCAACGGAAUGAUCUACGAAGAAUACGACCGCGAGCCACCCAACCCCAGGCUCGGCUAUAGUCUAGCAGCGCAACGCUCGACGUACUACCCAAACUUGGAACCGAAAUACUUGACCAGGAUCAAGACAUAUCUUGGGGGAGAUCAUUGGGUCAAGGUGACUUUCGAUAGUGCGGAAGCCGCCGAGCGCGCAUGUCACUACAGUCCGAAGAACAUCCAGGGCUACACAGUUUACGCAGAGAUGUACAGAGGGACAGGACCACAAGGUGGUGACCGGCCGUUUCGCGCAGAAGGAGGGGGAAUGUCACAAAUCGCUUCACCCAACACCGUAUCUUCAGGCACCUUAGGACCACGCGGUGCAUCUCAGUCUUCCGCAACAGCCUCAUCUGCCACAGCAACGGCCUCCCAGCCUGCAGCGUCACAGGGACUCGUGUCGCAAUCAAACUCGGAACCAGCCUGGCUGAGGAGUACGAGCGGUGCUUUCCCAAGCCAUCUCGACGACAUGCCCGUGGAACCCAUGUCUCAACCACGCGAAAUGCACCAAGCUCUUGACCCAAACACCGUUCCCGCGCAUGCAACUACCACAGCAUUGAACCCCCGUUCUCAACGCGCAACCCUGCGACUCAAGGGCGCAAACGUGAAGCCCGCUGUCUUCCUCCCACAAGAAAAGGCCUUCCUCCCCGCAAAACCCCGCUGGCAGCAGACAGUCGGCUCGGUGCCUGUCAUCGGCUGGGUGAUUGGCUCAGGACAUGGUAUCAUUGGCGACCAUGUACCGAGAAAAGAGGACGGAACUUUCGAUGCGAACAAUGCGAGUCUCUACUGGCGGGUGUGGUAUAUGGUGGACAGCUGCUUCGGUAGUGACUUUUGCGGGGUCAGGGAUGCGGAGUAUGAUGAGUAG